CGAUGUAGGGGGGAGAGCGACUGGGCUCAGCAUGGCUGUGCCUGGCCCCCUCCCCCUCCUCCUGCUGGGGGUCUUCGCCAUCCCAGGGGGCUGUUCCCACCCAGGCCCGCACUCGCUGCGCUAUUUCUACACGGCGGUGUCGGAGCCCGGCCCGGGGCUGCCCCAGUUCACCGUGGUCGGGUACCUGGACGAUCAGCUCUUCUUCCAUUUCGACAGCGAGGGGAAGGUGGCCCAGCCCCGCGCCCCCUGGAUCCAGGCCGAGGGGCCCGAGUACUGGGACCGGCAGACCUGGAUCGCCAAGGGCUGGCAGGAGGCCUUCAACGGCAACGUCCGCAUCGCCAUGGAGCGCUACAACCAGAGCAGGGGCCAGCACACCUUCCAGUACAUGUACGGCUGCCAGCGGCGGGCAGACGGCAGAGCGGGGGGCUUCCGGCAGUACGGCUACGACGGGCGGGAUUUCCUCUCCUACGACACCCGCACCCACACCUGGGUGGCGCCCAGCAAGGAGGCCGAGGUCACCAAGGGGAAGAUGGAGGCCGACCGGCACCUGAGCCAGCAGCAGCGGGACUAUCUGGAGCGGAAAUGCGUCGAGUGGCUGCAGAAAUACCUGGACUACGGGAAGGAGACGCUGCAGAGGAGCGAGCGCCCGGCCGUGCGGGUCACCGGCAGAGACGCCCCCGGCGGCCCCACCACCCUCUGCUGCCGGGCCCACGGCUUCUACCCCCGGGACAUCGCCCUGAGCUGGCUGCGACACGGGGGGAGCAGCGAGCAGGAGACGGGGCGAGGGGGGGUCCUGCCCAACGGGGACGGGACCUACCACGCCUGGGCCACGGUGGAGAUCGACCCCCGGGAGAGAGGCCUGUACCGCUGCCGUGUGGAGCACGAGAGCCUGGCCGAGCCGCUCAUCACCGUGUGGGAGCCCCCGUCCCGCUCGGCCCUGCUCCCGGCGCUGAUCGGGGCCGUCGCUGUGGCUGCCCUGCUCGCUGGGGCAGCCGGGUUUGUUCUCUGGAGGAGGCGGCGCUCAGGGAAAACCGGAGCCGGCUACACCCCAGCUCAGGAGGGCAACCGGGACUCCAGCUCCUCUCCGGAAGCCAGCCACAAAGGAUCCAGCAAAGGAUCCAGCAGGGGCAGCGACUCCGGGUGUGACACCGGCUCGCUAGGGUCGGCAGCCACAAGUGUGGGAGUGACCAGUCUCCAUCCAGAAGCUCAGCAGCUCCUCCCCGUGAAUGUUCCUGCCCCACCCGACGACGGGGACCCCCCAGCGGGCAUGGUCUAGGCUGGAGUCGUUCCUGGGGUCUCCCCCCCCCUUGACUGCUGACUGCCCGUGUGACCUGGACUGAAUCCCUCACCCUUUCCUUCUGCCUCAGCGCCCAGGCCCCAGGUGCGACGCUCGGCUGCCUUGCGGGGCCGUGGUGGGUUUGUGGAUAAAUCUCUGCAUUAAGCAUCUUCAUGUAACUUUCCUAUGCCUUUGUAUUGUGCCUCUGUUCUCCUACAACUCUGUAUCAGAUCCUUAGAAAGAAAACUUUGUACUGAGCCUUGGUAUAAUGUUAAAAAAUGUCUUUUCGCUAGGAGUAGAAUAAGAUCCCCCCCCCCCCCCAAUCAAUUGCCCCGUGGAAUGAGCGAGCUGUGAAUGAGGAAGGCGGGAGCAGCACCUCCAGGCAGCUGCACCCCCUGGAGAGGGGCUGGGAGCCAGCCCCAAGGACAAUAAACGUGUCCAGUGGGCUCCCUAGGGAAGCUCAGACACUGGUGGCCUCGGGGGUUAGCAGCCAGCACCUGCUUUUGGAAACACCCUCUGUGCAGCACUGGGACACCCCCAGAAGGAAGCAGCACAAAGGGCCAAGGGCCACAGACACAGAUUUUGGAGCUGGUGCAGAUUUGCACGAGAGGGAAGCUGCUAUAAACGUGAGGUGUCUUGCAGAGCACCCCGGCUCCACCCCUCCCCCAUCUAACUCCCCUGGCCAGUGCAGGGGAGGGGAGCAGCUAGUUGGUAACAACAACAAGACAGAGUGUGUGUAUGUGUGUGUGUGUGUGUGUGUGAUAUCGAUCAUAUGCAGCUGGCACACUGCGGGUUGAUACGUGUAUUACCAUUAAAUGUGGGGCUUUGCCUUAUCCCCCCUGAAAAGAUCCUGUGCAGCACUUUAAGUGCAACAGGUUAAGUACCUGGGAUCUGUCAGACUUACAGUGAAAGCUGCUGUGUGGGGCAGGGACCCUUUGAUUUCUCAACCAGGGGACAUGCACCCUUGGGGGAUCACAGAGACCUGCCAGGGGGUACAUCAACUCCACUGGAUAUUUCCCUAGUUGUGCAGCAGGCUACACAAAAAACACCCGUGAAAUCGGUGCAAACUGCAGUUUCAUACCGUGACUGUUUCCAUGGCUGUGUGUAAUGCACAGUGCACUGACACGUAAGUGCAAUGUUUAUAUUCCAGUUAAUUUAUCUUAUAAUUAUACAGUAAAAAUGUACUACGGUAUUUUUCACUCCAUGCAUCCGAUGAAGUGGGCUGUAACAUAGAAUCAUAGAAUAUCAAGCUUGGAAGGGACCUCAGGAGCCUCUGCCCAUGAAAAGCUUCUGCCCAAAUAAAUGUGUUAGUCUCUAAGGUGCCAUAAGGCCUCCUGUUCUUUGUGCGCAUACAGACUGA